AUGCCCUAUUUGUUCACUCUCCUCCGUGCAACGUUAUUCACGAUAGGACAGCUUCCGGUUGUAGCCAACAAUCGAUCAAUAAUUUAUCCACAUACGCAAACAAGCUUUUAUUCAUCGCUGAAUUUCGUUAUCAUUAUGGUUUUGUUGACCGUCGUCAUCGUCGUACCAUUUCUAUUCACAGUUCGACAUAAUGUGCGCUGUGAGGUGUGCAAGCGGGAACCGAUUUGGGGUCUCCGAUACAAGUGUACCAGAUGUCCGCAUUACAAUCUCUGUCAGGAUUGUUUCUGGACCGGGGUCACAACAGACCAGCACACGAAUGCACAUGACGUGAAGGAAUACAGUUCAUCCUCUGUGAGUCUGGUUCUUUUUGUUUUCUGUUAA